AUGGAAAUUUUGGAGGAUGGUCCAUUGAAAGUUCAAAAGAUUCGAAUGUACCCAAACCAAGAGCAAAAAGAAAAAUUAUUGAUGGAUGGAAAAUUAGUAAUUUAUAAAAAUAAUUUUGAAACACAAAACCAAUGGGUUACAGAAACACCAGAUGGUAUAAGAGACGAGGCAUUAAAUGAACUACUCAUAGCAUAUAAUACAAAUUUAAAGCAAGAAAAAAGAUUUGAAAUCAAAUCAAAAGCAAGAAAAAAUGGGAAAGAUUCAAUAACUAUAAAAGCAAGAGAUUUUACAGACAAAGAAGCAAACAUUUUUCAUUUUUAA